AUGUCAAAGCUGGUGCAAAAUGUCUUAUGCAAUAAAAAAAGAAUAUGGGUAAGAAACUUGACUGCACCCCUCUACCAAAAAAAAGAAUCCGGAGACGAGUGGAUUUAUAAAGUUAAUACCAACAGAGAAGUUACACGUAACGAAUUGUUUUUUUGUUAUUCUUUUGGUAUUUCACUAUGGGAAAAACACUAUCCUCCAACAGUUUAUUUGAGUUUCUCUGUUAAAGAGUUCUUUAGGAAAAUAUGGAGGAAGAUAAGGGGUAAUAAAGGAAAAUGGAAGAAUAUGGAUCCAUCUCAAAUAAGGGAUAGUCCUUGUGACCCAGGUUUUACGAUAGGAGACCCUUGUGGUCCUCAUACAGGUAAGAAGGAAGAAGACCCUUGCAAUCCACAAACAAUGCCAGCUGACCCUUGUGGAACGAGUAUGAAAAGUCAAGAUCCUUGUGCUCCAUCUAACAAUAUGGAAGAUCCUUGUUUGAAACAACCGAUUCCUGGAAAGAAGAACGAAGUUCCUUUGAUGCAACCAAAGGCUGAUAAGAAGAAGAAAAAUCCUUGUAUGACACAAGAUAUAGCUGGUAAGAAAACAGAAGAUCCUUGUAUGACACAAGGUAUAGCUAGUAAAAAAACAGAAGAUCCUUGUAUGACACAAGGUAUACCUGGUAAGAAAACAGAAGAUCCUUUUAUGACACAAGGUAUAGCUGGGAAGAAAACAGAAGAUCCUUGUACGACACAAGGUAUAGCUGGUAAGAAAACAGAAGAUCCUUUUAUGACACAAGGUAUAGCUGGUAAGAAAACAGAAGAUCCUUGUAUGACACAAGGUAAUGCCGGUAAGAAAACAGUAGAUCCUUGUAUGACACAAGCUAAUACUGGUAAGAAAACGGAAGAUCCUUGUAUGACACAAGCUAAUGCUGGUAAGAAAAGAAAAGAUCCUUGCAUAACACAAGAUCCUUUUAUGACACAAAGUAAUGUUGGCAAGAAAACAGAAAAUCCUUGCAUGACACAAGGUAAUGCGGGUAAUAAAACAGAAGAUCCUAGUAUGACACAAGGUAAUACUGCUAAGAAAACAGAAGAUCCUUGCAUGACACAAGGUAACACUGGAUGUCGUUAUGGAAGGAAUGUGUACUUGAGAAAAAAGGAAUAUGAUCGAUAUAAAAAGAAGGGAGGUCCUUUCAAAGAGGAACUAAUUCAAGAUUUCAAUAAAAAAUUGAAAAAGAAAACCGAAUAUCCCUACAAAGACUCAUGGAGGCAAAUAGAGGAGCCUUCCGAGCAGAAAAAUAAUUCUAAACAACAAAUAAGGGAACAUUUCGAAGAAAAAAUAGAUCCUCGUCCACAAGAAAAAGAUACUAUUAUGCAAACAGGGAUGCUCUCAGUGUUAAAAAAAGAUGAUAGUCCACAAAAAGAGAAGCAUUCCGAGCAGAAAACAUUUUCCAGACUACCGAUUGUGGUGCCUUUCCAAGAGGAAGUAGAUGAUCUAUCGGAAAAAGAUGAUCUUUUCGAACAGAAGCAAUAUAAGAAUAAGCAAAAAGGAGUGCACUCAUUGCUUAAAAAAGAUUCUGAUCGACAAAAAGAGGAGUCUUCGCAGCAGAAAAAAAUUUAUAGUAUGCAGAAAGAUGAUUUUUCUGUACGGAAUGAAUACCCUUGUCUGUUAAAAGAGGAACCUUUCGAGAAGAAAACAGACCCUCCUCCAAGAAAUGAUGGCCUUUUGGAGCAUAAAUGUGAUACUAGUCCGCAAAAAGGGAUGACUUCAAUCAAGGAAAAAGAUUCUAGUUCGCAAAAAGAGGAACUUUCCGAGCAGAAAACAUAUGCUAGACCAACAAUAGUGGAGCUUUUCGAAGAGGAAAUAGAUCCUCGUCCGAAAAAUGACGACCUUUUCAAACAAAAACAAGACACUAGUCCCCAAAAAGGGAUGACUUCAAUCAAGGAAAAAGAUUCUAGUUCGCAAAAAGAGGAACUUUCCGACCAGAGAACAUAUUAUAUACCAACAAUAGUGGAGCUUAUUGAAGAGGAAAUAGAUCCUCGUCCGAAAAAUGACGACCUUUUCGAACAAAAACAAGAUACUAGUCCGCAAAAAGGGAUGACUUCAAUCAAGGAAAAAGAUUCUAGUUCGCAAAUAGAGGAAUUUUCAGACCAGAGAACAUAUUAUAGACCAACAAUAGUGGAGCUUAUUGAAGAGGAAAUAGAUCAUCUAUUGAAAACAGAUGACCUUUUCGAACAGAAGCAAUAUAAGAGUAAGCAAAAAGGAGUGCACUCGAUGCUUAAAAAAGAUUCUAAUCGACAAAAAGAGGAGUUUUCUCAGCAGAAACAAAUUUAUGGUAUGCCGAAAGAUGAUUUUCCUGUACGGAAUGAAUAUCCCUGUCUGUUAAAACAGGAACCUUUAUUGAAGGAAACAGAUCCUCCUCCAAGAAAUGAUGGCCUUUUGGAGCAUAAAUGUGAUACUAGUCCGCAAAAAGGGAUGACUUCAAUCAAGGAAAAAGAUUCUAGUUCGCAAAAAGAGAAACUUUUCGAGCAGAAAACAUAUUAUAGACCAACAAUAGUGGAGCUUUUCGAAGAGGAAAUAGAUUCUCGUCCGAAAAAUGACGAUCUUUUCGAACAAAAACAAGAUACUAGUCCGACAAACGGGAUGUCCUCAAUGCUAAAAAAAGAUUAUAGUUCAAAAAUAGAGGAGCCUACCGAUCAGAAAAUAUAUUCCAGAUCACCUAUAAUGGAGCCUUUCGAAGAGGAAGUUGAUCAUCGUUCGAAAAAAUAUGACCUUUUCGAACAGAAGCAAUAUAAGAAUAAGAAAAAAGGAGUGCACUCAUUGCUUAAAAAAGAUUCCGAUCGACAAAAAGAGGAGCCUUCUCAGCAGAAAAGAAUUUUUAGCACAACGAAAGAUGUUUCUAUCGUGCGGAAAGAAUUUUCUUGUCUGUUAAAAGAGGAGCAUAUCGAGAAGGAAACAGACUCUCGUCCAAGAAAUGAUGAUCUUUCCGAACAGAAGCUAGAUACUAGUCCUCAAAAACUGAAAAAAAAUUCUAGCCCGCAACAGAUAAAGGAUUCUGAUCAGCAAAAAGAGGAGCUUUCCGAUCACAAAAUAAUUUAUACCACCCAGGAGGAGGAAUCUUCUAAGCGGAAAGAAGAUCAUCUUCUGUUAAAAGAGGAGCCUUUAAAUAAGGAAAUGGAUCCUCACUGUCUGCAAAAAGAUCAUACAUUCAAACCAAUCGAAAGUAUGAUUCCACAAAAACAGAAACCUUUCGAAAUAUAUCCUCGUCCGAAAAAUUAUGAUCUAUUCGAACAGAAACAACAUACCAAUUCUCAAAAAGGGUUGACCUCAAAGCAUUCGCAGAAAAAAAAAGGUUCUAUUCCGCAAAACGGAGACCCUUCCAUACUAAAAAAAUAUGCUAUUCCGCAAAAAAAAGACCUCGCAGAGCAAAAUGAAGAUCCUCAUCUUGAAAAAGAGAAGCAUUUUAUGAAAAAUAAAGGUUCUAGAGAUUCUAUUCCGCAAAAUAGAGACCCUUCGAAGCUGAAAAGAGAUUCAAAUCCACAAAAAACAGACCCUUUCGAGCUAAACGAUGAUCCUUGUCUAGGACAAAAGGAGUAUUCCGAGGAAAUGAGAGAUUCUAUUCCGCAAAACGAAGAUCCUUGGGAGUUUAAAAAAGAUUCUACUACGCAACAAAGAGAUCUCUCCGAGAAAAAUGAAGAUACUUAUCUGGAAGAAGGAGAGCAUUUAAAGAAAAAUAAAGGUACUAGACAUUCUAUUCUGCAAAAUGGAUACCCUAAGAAGCUGAAAAAAGAUUCCAUUCCACAAAAAAGAGACGCCGUUGAGCAAAAUCAAAAUCCUUGUCUGGAACAGGAGGAGCGCACCGAUGAAGAAAAACGUUCUAGAGGUUCUAUUCAGCAAAAUGAAGACCGUUGGAAGUUGAAAAAGGAUACUACUCCGCAAAAAAGAGAUCCCUCCGAGCAAAAUGAAGAUCCUUAUCUGGUAGAAGGGGACCAUUCUAAGAAAAAAAAACGUUCUAGAAAUUCUAUUCUGCAAAAUGGAGACCCUAAGAAGCUGAAAAAAGAUUCCAUUCCACAAAAAAGAGACGCCGUUGAGCAAAAUCAAAAUCCUUGUCUGGGACAGGAGGAACGGUCCGAUGAAAAAAAUGAUUUUAGAGGCAUUGUUUCGCAAAACGAAGACCCUUCGAAGUUGAUAAAAGAUUCUACUCUCCAAAAAAGAGACCCUUCCGUGCAAAAUAAAGAUCUCCCUCUGGAAGUAGGAAAGCAUUCCGAGGAAAAGAGAGGUUCUAGAUGUUCUAUGCCGCAAAAUGAAGACCCUUGGAAGUUGAAAAAGGAUACUUCCCCGCAAAAAAAAGACCUCUUCGAGAAAAAUGAAGAUCCUCUAGAAAAAGGAAAGCAUUUUGGGGAGAAAAAAAGUUUUAAUGAUUUUAGUCCGCAAAUCGGCGAAGGCAAAACAUUUCGUCAUCUUAAAAUAGAAUUUGGUUCCAAUAAAAAACAAACUGGUAGUCCUAGAAAAUGGCAGCCUACUGAGGAGGAAAACAAAUCUGUUUCGGAAAAAGAAGAUAUAAACCAGACAAUAGAUCCUUGUCCGAUUGAAGGAGACACUUUCGGGUUGGAAAAUGAUUCUUCCUCCAAAAAAGGAGACACUUCUUCUAAGAAAAGCAAUGCUAGUCGGCAAAAAGGAACUUCUACCAACUUAAAAGAAGACGAUAGUCCACAAAAUCUGGAGAAAAAAGUUUCCGGCAUAAGCGGUAACCAGGAAACGGAAUAUCAUUCCAAGGAGGAAAUACAUCCAACUAAGAAGAUAGUAUACCCAUACAAGAAUACAAGAGAGAUUUUCGACAACGUGACUGCUCCUUCAGAAAAGAAAAUAGAAGUAAAAGAAAAAUCAUGCGAACCUCUUGAUUCUUUUGAAGUAUCGAACAAGAAAAAAUAUUCCGACAUAAGCGCUAACCAGGAAAAGGAGUAUCAUUCUAAGGAAAAAAUAUAUCAAAUUAAGAAGAUAAUAGACCCGUAUAAAAAUACAAAAGAGAAUUUUGACAAAACAACUGCUCCUUCAGAAAAGAAAAUAGAAGUAAUAGAAAAAUCAUGCGAACCUCUUGAUUCUUUUGAAGUAUCGAACAAGAAAAAAGAUUCCGACAUAAGCGCUAACCAGGAAGAGGAAUAUCAUUCUAAGGAAAAAAUAUAUCAAAUUAAAAAGAUAGUAGAUCCGUAUAAAAAUACAAAAGAGAAUUUUGACAAAACAACUGCUCCUUCAGAAAAGAAAAUAAAAGUAAUAGAAAAAUCAUGCGAACCUCUUGAUUCUUUUGAAGUAUCGAACAAGAAAAAAGAUUCCGACAUAAGCGCUAAUCAGGAAAAGGAAUAUCAUUCUAAGAAAAAGAUAGAUCAAAUUAAGAAGAUAGUAGAUCCGUAUAAAAAUACAAAAGAGAAUCUUGACAAAACAACUGCUGCUUCAGAAAAGAAAAUAGAAGUAACAGAAAAAUCAUGCGAACCUCUUGAUUCUUUUGAGAUAUUGAACAGGAAAAAAGAUUCCGGCAUAAGCGCUAACCAGGAAAAGGAAUAUUCCAAGGAAAAAAUAGAUCCAACUAAGAAGACAGUAUACCAGCAUGAAAAUAGAGAAGAGAUUUUCGGCGAAACGACUGCUCCUUUAGAAAAGAAAACUGAGGCAGAAAAUUUGCAACUUUUUGAUCCUUUUGAUGAAAUAUUAAAGAAAAAAGUUGCCAGCGUUUCCUGUAGUCGAAGAAGAAAAAAUUCUUCCGAUAGGAAAGUAAAUCCUUGGAAGAAGAAAAUAAAACAUUCUAAGAAGAGGCGAUAUCCAUUAAAAGGGAAAGGCAUUUCCCACAAACUUAAACAUCGUUCCAGAAAGAAGAUGAAUGAAACAGUUUGCAAAUUGUUUGAACGUUUAGGAGUGUUGAAUAGGGCAACAAAUUCCAGAAUGAGUUGUGAUAAGAAAAAUGAGGAUUUUUACAAGAAGAGGAAGUGGAUACUUGUGAGACGCAUGAAAAUCCUUUCUAAAAGAAAAAUUAACAUUAUCAAAAGGUUUAGGGCUCAUGAAAAAAGAACAGGAAUCCUUGCAAGGAGAUCAAUGAUGUUUGCUAAAGAUAAAAAAAAACAAUGA